GCUCCAAGCCUCCCUCCUCCCCGAGAUGGGGGCUUGGGCCCUGCUUCUGCCUCUGCUCCUGGCCGGAGCCCAGGCUCAAGUCUGCUCUGUGAACAAGACCAUCUUUGAAAUCAAGGAGAACACGAAGCCCAGCAGGCCCCUGGUGGACAUCUAUGUCCCCGAGGGCCAGCAGGUGACCCUUGGACCCUCGACCACCCCCUUCGCAUUUCGUCUCCAGGGGAAUCAGCUGUUUCUCAAUGUGACUCCUGACUAUGAGGAGAACGCGAUGCUGCUGGCAGAGCUGGAGUGCAAAAGAGGCAACACUUUGGACACAAAAGUCAACACCAUUGUCAUCCCUGAGAAGGAGCUGGAGGCCAAGGACCUUGACAAAAAUGACAUCUUGUUCUAUGCUCUCCAGGAAGUGACCCCGGGUGCCAGGAAUUUCUUCUCCUUGGUGGGUGCCAACCUCCCCGCCCUGCGCCUAGACCAGCCACUGGACUUCGACAAGGGUCAGAGCAUGACCUUCAGGCUGCUGGUGCGGGAUACCCAGGAGGAAGACGCAGUGCCCAGCCACACGGCCACGGCCACCUUGGUCCUGGAGGUGCAGCCUGCUGACCUGCGGCCGCCCUGGUUCUUGCCUUGCGUCUACUCGGACUCUCACUUCUGCCUCCAAGCCCAGUACCACGGGGCUGUCCCCACAGGCCACAGACUGCCGGCCCCCCUCAUCCUGCGACCUGGGCCCAUCUACGCCGUGGAUGGGGACAGGGGCAUCAACCAGCCCAUCAUCUACAGCAUCCUGAGUGGAAACGAGAACAGCACUUUUGCCAUCAACGCCAAGUCAGGCAACCUCACCAUGACCAGGGGCAUCCCCAGUCCCAAGACCUUUGACUUGCUGGUCCAGGCCCAGCAGGAGGACCGCGCCCGCCGCUCGGUGACCCAGGUCAGAGUGGAGGCCCGUGCCGCCGUGGGGAGCCUGCCCAGCUUCUCUGAGAGCCUGUACCGUGGCACCGUGGCUCUGGGCUCUGGCGUGGGUGUGGCGGUCAAGGAUGCAGCCAUCCCCUCCCAGCCUCUGAAGAUCCAGGCCAAGGAUCCAGAGUUUCCAGAGCUCAACUCGGCCAUCACCUACCGCGUCACCAACAACUCCAACUUCCGGAUGGACGGCGAGGCGGUGCUGAUUGCGGCCCCGCUGGUGCAGGCGGGGGUCUUCUACGCAGAGGUGGAGGCCAAAAACACGGUGACAUCAGGCACAGCAACCACAGCCGUGGAGAUUGAAGUCUCAGAGCAGGAGCCCAGCCCCACAGGUUCCCCAACACCCCCGGAGGCUGGACAAACAACCCGGCCCCCAAGCAGCUCCACUUCAGAAGUCCCCAGACCCCCCGAGCCUUCUCAAGGACCCUCCACAACCAGCUCUGGGGGGAGCACUGGCCCAAGCCCCCCAAGCAGCUCCACUCCAGAAGUCCCCAAGCCCCCCAAGCCUUCUCAGGGACCCUCCACGACCAGCUCUGGGGGGAGCAUUGGCCCAAGCCCCCCAAGCAGCUCCACUCCAGAAGUCCCCAAGCCCCCCAAGCCUUCUCAGGGACCCUCCACAACCAGCUCUGGGGGGAGCAUUGGCCCAAGCCCCCCAAGCAGCUCCACUCCAGAAGUCCCCAAGCCCCCCAAGCCUUCUCAAGGACCCUCCACAACCAGCUCUGGGGGGAGCACUGGCCCAAGCCCCCCAAGCAGCUCCACUCCAGAAGUCCCCAAGCCCCCCAAGCCUUCUCAAGGACCCUCCACAACCAGCUCUGGGGGGAGCAUUGGCCCAAGCCCCCCAAGCAGCUCCACUCCAGAAGUCCCCAAGCCCCCCAAGCCUUCUCAGGGACCCUCCACAACCAGCUCUGGGGGGAGCAUUGGCCCAAGCCCCCCAAGCAGCUCCACUCCAGAAGUCCCCAAGCCCCCCAAGCCUUCUCAAGGACCCUCCACAACCAGCUCUGGGGGGAGCAUUGGCCCAAGCCCCCCAAGCAGCUCCACUCCAGAAGUCCCCAAGCCCCCCAAGCCUUCUCAGGGACCCUCCACAACCAGCUCUGGGGGGAGCAUUGGCCCAAGCCCCCCAAGCAGCUCCACUCCAGAAGUCCCCAAGCCCCCCAAGCCUUCUCAAGGACCCUCCACAACCAGCUCUGGGGGGAGCAUUGGCCCAAGCCCCCCAAGCAGCUCCACUCCAGAAGUCCCCAAGCCCCCCAAGCCUUCUCAGGGACCCUCCACAACCAGCUCUGGGGGGAGCAUUGGCCCAAGCCCCCCAAGCAGCUCCACUCCAGAAGUCCCCAAGCCCCCCAAGCCUUCUCAGGGACCCUCCACAACCAGCUCUGGGGGGAGCAUUGGCCCAAGCCCCCCAAGCAGCUCCACUCCAGAAGUCCCCAAGCCCCCCAAGCCUUCUCAGGGACCCUCCACAACCAGCUCUGGGGGGAGCAUUGGCCCAAGCCCCCCAAGCAGCUCCACUCCAGAAGUCCCCAAGCCCCCCAAGCCUUCUCAGGGACCCUCCACAACCAGCUCUGGGGGGAGCAUUGGCCCAAGCCCCCCAAGCAGCUCCACUCCAGAAGUCCCCAAGCCCCCCAAGCCUUCUCAGGGACCCUCCACAACCAGCUCUGGGGGGAGCAUUGGCCCAAGCCCCCCAAGCAGCUCCACUCCAGAAGUCCCCAAGCCCCCCAAGCCUUCUCAGGGACCCUCCACGACCAGCUCUGGGGGGAGCAUUGGCCCGCAACCCCCCUCAGGCACAACUCCGAAGCCGCCUGCCUCGUCCACGCCUGGGGGGCCCUCCGGUGUGGUAACCAGCACCUCACCUUCAUCAGCCUCAUCCAGCGUGGGCUCAACACCCACCUCAAAGCCAGGCUCGCCGGGCGCUGGAGGUGGCUCUGGGGACGAUGGCCAGCCAGGUGGCCACACAGGGGACCGGCGCUUCUCCGCGGUGGAGAUGGCCGCCCUGGGCGGGGUGCUGGGCGCGCUGCUGCUCCUGGCUCUGAUCGCCCUGGUGGUCCUGGUGCACAAGCACUACGGCCACCCGCUCAAGUGCUGCUCAGGCAAAGCUCAGGGUCCGGCCUGCGCACCCCAGGCCCGGGCGCUGGCUCAACACCUGUGA